CCCUCUAGAGCCGCUGCCGCGCGGCCGCGCAGCCGCCUUACCUCCCUCUCCGGGCUGCGCGCCGAGGUCUGCGCCGCGCUCCGCCUCCAGCCGUGCGCAGACUUGCGCACGCGUCGUGAGAGCAGCCGCCUCCGUCCCUCGCUGGGCUCGCUGGGGCUGCGCGUCGGGCCAGUGGGGGCGCCGCAGCCGGAGCCGUCCCGGAGCCGGUGAACCGAACGGCCUCGAGGGAGGGGCGUGGGGAAGGCGGCGGGAGGAGGAGCGCACGGGCCGGCUGCCGUGCCCACCACGGCUGAGGAACAUGGUUUUCGAGUCGGUGGUCGUGGACGUGUUGAACCGUUUCUUGGGGGACUAUGUGGUGGACUUGGACACGUCCCAGCUCUCUCUGGGCAUCUGGAAAGGAGCUGUGGCCCUCAAGAAUCUUCAAAUUAAAGAAAAUGCCCUGAGUCAACUGGAUGUACCAUUUAAAGUUAAAGUUGGUCACAUAGGUAAUCUUAAACUUAUAAUUCCAUGGAAAAACCUUUAUACUCAACCUGUUGAAGCCGUAUUGGAAGAAAUUUAUUUACUCAUAGUGCCUUCUUCUAGAAUAAAAUAUGAUCCUUUAAAAGAAGAGAAACAACUCAUGGAAGCAAAGCAACAGGAACUGAAAAGAAUAGAAGAAGCAAAACAAAAAGUAGUUGAUCAAGAACAACAUCUGCCGGAAAAACAGGACACUUUUGCAGAAAAAUUAGUUACACAGAUCAUAAAAAAUCUUCAAGUGAAAAUUUCCAGUAUCCAUAUUCGUUAUGAAGAUGAUAUCACAAAUCGGGACAAACCACUGUCAUUUGGUAUUUCCCUUCAAAAUCUGAGCAUGCAGACAACUGAUCAAUACUGGGUUCCAUGUUUACAUGAUGAAACUGAGAAACUAGUUCGUAAGUUAAUCCGACUGGAUAACCUGUUUGCCUAUUGGAAUGUGAAGUCUCAGAUGUUUUAUCUUAGUGAUUAUGAUAACUCCUUGGAUGACUUGAGGAAUGGCAUUGUCAAUGAAAAUAUUGUUCCAGAAGGUUAUGAUUUUGUAUUUCGUCCCAUAUCUGCUAAUGCCAAACUUGUGAUGAAUCGCCGAUCUGAUUUUGACUUUUCUGCCCCCAAAAUAAACUUGGAUGUUGAGUUACAUAACAUAGCAAUUGAAUUUAAUAAACCACAGUAUUUCAGUAUUAUGGAGCUUCUUGAAUCAGUUGAUAUGAUGACACAAAAUCUGCCUUACAGGAAGUUCAAACCUGACGUGCCUCUUCACCACCAUGCCAGAGAAUGGUGGGCUUAUGCUAUACAUGGUGUUCUUGAAGUAGAUGUUUGCCCCAGGUUACAGAUGUGGUCAUGGAAGCAUAUUAGAAAACAUAGGCAAAAAGUGAAGCAAUGUAAAGAACUGUAUAAAAAAAAGUUAACAAGUAAGAAGCCACCUGGUGAACUUCUCGUGUCUUUGGAGGAGUUGGAAAAAACCUUGGAUGUCUUUAAUAUAACUAUAGCUAGACAGCAGGCAGAAGUUGAGGUAAAGAAAGCUGGAUACAAAAUUUACAAAGAAGGAGUAAAAGAUCCAGAGGAUAAUAAAGGGUGGUUUAGCUGGCUAUGGUCUUGGUCAGAACAAAAUACUAAUGAACAGCAACCAGAUGUUAAACCUGGAAUUCUUGAAGAAAUGUUGACACCUGAAGAAAAAGCUUUACUCUAUGAAGCAAUUGGCUAUAGUGAAACAGCAGUUGAUCCAACUUUACCAAAAACAUUUGAAGCCUUGAAGUUUUUUGUCCACUUGAAAAGUAUGUCAAUUGUUCUAAGAGAAAAUCAUCAAAAACCUGAGCUGAUAGAUAUUGUAAUAGAAGAAUUUAGCACCUUAAUUGUGCAAAGACCAGGAGCACAAGCAAUAAAAUUUGAAACUAAAAUAGAUUCAUUUCAUAUUACUGGCUUACCAGAUAAUUCAGAAAAACCCCGCCUCCUGUCUUCAUUGGAUGAUGCAAUGUCACUUUUCCAAAUUACAUUUGAGAUAAAUCCAUUAGAUGAAACUGUUUCUCAGAGGUGUAUCAUAGAAGCUGAACCUUUAGAAAUCAUAUAUGAUGCAAGGACAGUGAAUAGUAUAGUGGAAUUCUUCAGACCUCCAAAAGAGGUACAUCUAGCACAGCUCACUUCAGCAACUUUGACAAAACUGGAAGAAUUUCGCAAUAAGACAGCAACAGGUCUGCUGUAUAUUAUUGAAACACAGAAAGUUCUUGAUCUCAAAAUUAAUUUGAAGGCUUCAUAUAUUAUUGUCCCACAAGAUGGAAUUUUUAGUUCUACAUCAAAUCUGCUUCUUUUGGACCUUGGUCAUCUAAAGGUGACGAGUAAAAGUCGUUCUGAAUUACCAGAUGUGAAACCAGGUGAGGCUAAUCUUAAAGAGAUAAUGGAUAUAGCUUAUGACUCGUUUGAUAUUCAACUUACAAGCAUACAGCUGCUUUACAGUAGAGUUGGUGAUAAUUGGAGAGAAGCACGAAAACUCAGUGUAUCUACCCAGCAUAUUUUGGUACCCAUGCACUUCAAUUUGGAACUGUCUAAGGCCAUGGUUUUCAUGGAUGUAAGGAUGCCCAAAUUCAAGAUUUUUGGAAAGUUACCUCUUAUUUCUUUACGAAUCUCAGAUAAAAAACUACAAGGGAUUAUGGAAUUGAUUGAAAGCAUUCCAAAACCUGAACCAGUAACUGAAGUAUCUGCCCCUGUCAAAUCAUUCCAGAUUCAAACAUCUACUUCUUUGGGAACAUCACAGAUUUCACAGAAAAUAAUUCCUCUCUUGGAACUUCCAUCUGUUUCUGAAGAUGAUUCAGAGGAGGAAUUUUUUGAUGCACCAUGUAGUCCCUUGGAAGAACCUCUUCAGUUUCCAACUGGAGUUAAAAGUAUUCGAACCAGAAAGUUACAAAAGCAGGAUUGUUCAGUAAAUAUGACUACAUUUAAAAUACGAUUUGAAGUACCAAAGGUUUUGAUCGAGUUUUAUCACCUUGUUGGAGAUUGUGAGCUAUCUGUGGUAGAAAUUCAUGUUUUAGGAUUGGGCACAGAAAUUGAGAUUAGAACAUACGAUUUGAAAGCAAAUGCCUUUUUGAAAGAGUUCUGCUUAAAAUGCCCAGAAUACUUGGAUGAAAACAAGAAACCAGUUUAUUUGGUUACAACCCUGGAUAACACAAUGGAAGACCUGUUAACGCUAGAAUAUGUAAAGGCUGAAAAGAAUGUACCCAACUUGAAAAGUACCUAUAACAAUGUUUUGCAAUUGAUUAAGGUAAAUUUUUCCUCUUUGGAUAUUCAUUUACACACUGAAGCACUUCUGAAUACAAUUAAUUAUCUUCAUAAUAUCCUUCCACAAUCAGAGGAAAAAUCAGCCCCAGUGUCCACUACAGAGACUGAAGACAAAGGAGAUGUCAUUAAAAAAUUAGCUUUAAAACUAUCCACGAAUGAAGAUAUCAUUACUUUGCAGAUCUUAGCAGAAUUAUCGUGUUUACAGAUCUUUAUUCAAGAUCAGAAACGUAACAUUUCUGAAAUUAAGAUUGAAGGGCUUGAUUCUGAGAUGAUUAUGAGGCCUUCAGAAACUGAAAUAAAUGCAAAUCUAAGGAAUAUAAUUGUUUUAGAUUCUGAUACAACUGCUAUAUACAAAAAGGCUGUUUAUAUCACUGGAAAAGAAGUUUUCAGCUUCAAAAUGGUUUCUUACAUGGAUGCAACUGCUGGUUCUGCAUACACAGAUAUGAAUGUGGUUGACAUUCAGGUUAAUUUAAUAGUUGGUUGCAUUGAAGUAGUUUUUGUCACGAAAUUUCUAUAUUCUAUAUUGGCUUUUAUAGAUAAUUUUCAGGCAGCUAAACAAGCCUUGGCUGAGGCAACUGUUCAGGCAGCUGGAAUGGCUGCUACUGGUGUAAAAGAACUCGCAGGAAGGAGUUCCAGAAUGGCACUGGAUAUUAACAUCAAAGCCCCAGUUGUGGUCAUCCCGCAGUCUCCAGUUUCUGAAAAUGUUUUUGUUGCUGAUUUUGGACUAAUUACAAUGACAAAUACCUUUCAUAUGAUAACAGAGAGCCAGAGCUCUCCCCCACCUGUUAUUGAUUUGAUAACAAUAAAGCUGAGUGAAAUGCGACUAUACAGAUCUCAAUUUAUUAAUGAUGCAUACCAGGAAGUACUGGAUCUACUACUGCCAUUAAAUCUUGAGGUGGUGGUUGAACGAAAUUUAUGCUGGGAGUGGUACCAGGAAGUUCCUUGUUUUAAUGUAAAUGCUCAACUGAAACCUAUGGAGUUCAUUCUUAGUCAAGAAGAUAUAACAACUAUUUUUAAAACAUUGCAUGGCAAUAUAUGGUAUGAAAAAGAUGGUAGUGCAUCACCUGCUGUAACAAAAGACCAAUACAGUGCUGCUAGUGGAGUUACUACUAAUGCUUCACACCAUUCAGGAGGAGCAACUGUGGUGACAGCUGCUGUGGUAGAAGUACAUUCACAUGCCUCACUAGUUAAGACAACACUAAACAUGAGCUUCAAAACUGAUUAUCUCACCAUGGUGCUGUAUAGUCCAGGUCCUAAACAAGCUUCCUUUACAGAUGUUCGUGAUCCUUCUCUGAAACUUGCUGAAUUUAAAUUGGAGAAUAUUAUAAGUACUUUAAAAAUGUAUACGGAUGACUCAACAUUUUCUUCCUUCUCAUUAAAAAACUGUAUUUUAGAUGAUAAAAGACCUCAUGUCAAGAAAGCAACUCCUCGAAUGAUAGGACUGACAGUUGGUUUUGACAAAAAAGACAUGAUGGAUAUAAAGUACAGGAAAGUCAGAGAUGGUUGUGUGACUGAUGCAGUCUUUCAAGAAAUGUAUAUUUGUGCAAGCGUAGAAUUUCUGCAGACUGUUGCAAAUGUCUUUCUUGAGGCCUACACCACAGGCACUGCUGUAGAAACCAGUGUGCAAACAUGGACUGCUAAGGAAGAAGUACCUACACAGGAAUCAGUGAAGUGGGAAAUUAAUGUUAUUAUUAAAAAUCCUGAAAUUGUGUUUGUGGCUGACAUGACAAAAAAUGAUGCUCCUGCCUUAGUCAUUACAACACAAUGUGAAAUUUGCUAUAAAGGUAACCUUGAAAAUAGUACAAUGACUGCUGCUAUUAAAGAUCUCCAAGUGAGAGCCUGCCCGUUUCUUCCAGUCAAGAGAAAAGGCAAAAUCACUACUGUUUUGCAGCCCUGUGACUUGUUUUAUCAAACUACUAAGAUAGGUACAGAUCCACAAGUGAUCGAUAUGUCAGUAAAAUCCCUGACACUAAAGGUUUCACCAGUUAUUAUAAAUACUAUGAUUACUAUAACUUCAGCACUGUAUACAACGAAGGAAACCAUCCCAGAAGAAACGGCUUCUUCUACUGCACAUUUAUGGGAAAAGAAGGAUACAAAGACUUUAAAAAUGUGGUUUCUUGAAGAAUCAAAUGAAACUGAAAAAAUAGCUCCCACGACUGAAUUGGUACCCAAAGACGAGAUGAUAAAAAUGAACAUUGAUUCUAUUUUUAUAGUUCUUGAGGCUGGAGUUGGUCAUAGAACAGUACCUAUGCUUCUGGCAAAGUCACGUUUUUCAGGGGAAGGCAAAAACUGUAGUUCCCUAAUAAAUCUGCACUGUCAGCUUGAGCUAGAAGUGCAUUAUUAUAAUGAAAUGUUUGGUGUAUGGGAGCCUUUGCUUGAACCCUUAGAAAUUGAUCAGACUGAGGAUUUUAGACCAUGGAAUCUUGGUAUCAAGAUGAAAAAGAAAGCAAAAAAGGCCAUUGUUGAGUCAGAUCCUGAAGAAGAAAACUACAAAGUGCCAGAAUAUAAAACUGUCAUCAGUUUCCAUUCAAAAGACCAAUUAAACAUUACAUUAUCCAAAUGUGGUCUUGUAAUGUUAAACAAUUUAGUCAAGGCAUUUACAGAAGCUGCCACUGGAUCUUCAGCUGACUUCGUAAAGGAUCUAGCACCAUUUAUGAUUUUAAAUUCCCUUGGACUUACUAUCUCUGUUUCGCCAAGUGAUUCUUUUAGUGUACUCAACAUUCCUAUGGCAAAAUCAUAUGUAUUGAAAAAUGAAGAAAGUUUAAGUAUGGAUUAUAUCCGAACCAAGGACAAUGAUCAUUUCAAUGCAAUGACCAGCCUAAGCAGCAAACUCUUCUUCAUUCUUCUUACACCUGUUAACCAUUCUACUGCUGAUAAGAUUCCUUUAACAAAAGUGGGACGACGUCUGUACACUGUAAGACACAGAGAGUCUGGCGUUGAAAGAUCUAUUGUUUGUCAAAUUGAUACAGUGGAAGGAAGUAAGAAGGUCACAAUUCGCUCCCCAGUGCAGAUAAGAAAUCAUUUUUCAGUCCCACUGUCUGUUUACGAAGGGGAUACCUUAUUGGGAACUGCCUCACCUGAAAAUGAAUUCAACAUACCAUUAGGAUCUUACCGAUCAUUCAUUUUUCUGAAGCCAGAAGAUGAGGACUAUCAAAUGUGUGAAGGAAUUGACUUUGAAGAGAUUAUAAAAAAUGAUGGUGCUCUUCUAAAGAAGAAAUGUAGAUCUAAAAACCCUUCUAAGAAAUCAUUUCUCAUUAAUAUUGUUCCAGAAAAAGAUAAUUUAACAUCUCUAUCAGUGUAUUCAGAAGACGGUUGGGAUUUACCAUACAUAAUGCAUUUGUGGCCACCUAUUCUGCUCCGAAAUCUUCUUCCUUACAAAAUUGCUUAUUAUAUAGAGGGAAUUGAAAAUCCAGUUUUUACUCUAAGUGAAGGACAUUCAGCCCAGAUUUGUACUGUACAGUUGGAUAAAGCCAGGCUACAUUUAAAAUUACUUGACUAUCUCAAUCAUGAUUGGAAAAGUGAAUAUCACAUAAAGCCUAAUCAGCAAGACAUUAGUUUUGUCAAUUUUACUUGUGUUACAGAAAUGGAAAAGACUGAUUUAGAUAUUGCUGUCCAUAUGACUUAUAAUACUGGUCAGACAGUUGUGGCAUUUCAUAGUCCUUAUUGGAUGGUCAAUAAAACUGGCCGCAUGUUACAGUACAAAGCAGAUGGAAUUCAUCGAAAGCAUCCACCUAAUUAUAAAAAGCCAGUUCUCUUUUCUUUUCAACCAAAUCACUUUUUUAAUAACAAUAAGGUUCAACUUAUGGUAACUGAUAGUGAGUUGUCCGAUCAGUUUUCAAUUGAUACUGUUGGUAGUCAUGGAGCUGUUAAAUGUAAAGGCCUGAAAAUGGACUAUCAAGUUGGCGUCACUAUAGACCUGAGCAGUUUUAACAUUACUAGAAUUGUGACAUUUACCCCUUUUUAUAUGAUUAAAAACAAAAGCAAAUACCAUAUAUCAGUGGCUGAAGAAGGAAAUGAUAAAUGGCUCUCUCUUGAUUUGGAGCAGUGUAUCCCCUUUUGGCCUGAGGAUGCUUCUAGUAAACUUCUUAUUCAAGUCGAAAGGAGUGAAGAUCCUCCCAAAAGGAUAUAUUUUAACAAGCAAGAAAAUUGUAUUCUAUUGCGUCUAGAUAACGAGCUUGGAGGUAUUAUAGCAGAAGUGAAUUUGGCCGAGCAUUCUACAGUUAUUACAUUUUUAGAUUAUCAUGAUGGAGCAGCUACAUUCCUCUUAAUAAAUCACACAGAGAAUGAACUUGUUCAAUACAAUCAAAGUUCUCUCAGUGAAAUAGAAGAUUCCCUCCCUCCUGGAAAAGCAGUGUUUUAUACAUGGGCUGAUCCAGUGGGCUCUAGAAGGCUGAAGUGGAGAUGUAGAAAAAGCCACGGUGAAGUAACACAGAAGGAUGAUAUGAUGAUGCCUAUAGAUUUGGGGAAAAAGACAAUUUAUUUAGUUUCAUUCUUUGAAGGUUUACAACGCAUUAUUUUAUUCACUGAAGAUCCAAAGGUAUUUAAAGUAACAUAUGAAAGUGAGAAAGCAGAGUUAGCAGAGCAAGAAAUUGCACUGGCAUUACAAGAUGUUGGAAUUUCUCUUGUCAACAAUUACACGAAGCAAGAAGUAGCCUAUAUAGGCAUUACAAGUUCUGAUGUGGUUUGGGAAACAAAGCCCAAGAAGAAGGCAAGAUGGAAGCCAAUGAGUGUAAAGCACACUGAGAAGUUAGAGAGAGAAUUUAAGGAAUAUACUGAAUCUUCUCCUUCAGAAGAUAAGGUUAUUGAGUUGGACACUAACGUUCAGGUUCGCCUAACACCUACUGGUCAUAACAUGAAAAUUCUGCAGCCGCUUGUAAUAGCUCUACGAAGAAAUUAUCUUCCAGCAUUAAAAGUGGAAUAUAACACAUCUGCACAUCAAUCAUCAUUUAGAAUUCAGAUUUACAGAAUACAGAUCCAAAAUCAGAUACAUGGUGCUGUAUUUCCCUUUGUGUUUUAUCCUGUUAAACCUCCAAAGUCGGUCACCAUGGAUUCAGCACCAAAGCCCUUUACAGAUGUCAGUAUCGUCAUGAGAUCUGCAGGACAUUCCCAGAUAUCACGUAUUAAAUAUUUCAAAGUAUUGAUUCAAGAAAUGGAUCUCAGGUUAGAUCUUGGGUUUAUCUAUGCCUUAACAGACCUUAUGACAGAAGCUGAGGUGACUGAAAAUACAGAGGUUGAGCUUUUUCAUAAAGAUAUAGAAGCUUUCAAAGAAGAAUAUAAAACAGCCUCAUUAGUAGAUCAAUCACAAGUUAGCCUCUAUGAAUAUUUUCAUAUAUCUCCUAUCAAGUUACAUUUAAGUGUUUCACUGAGUUCCGGCAGAGAAGAAGCUAAAGAUUCAAAACAAAAUGGAGGACUGAUUCCAGUUCAUUCUUUAAAUCUUUUGCUGAAGAGUAUUGGUGCCACACUGACAGAUGUACAAGAUGUAGUUUUUAAGCUUGCAUUUUUUGAACUCAACUAUCAGUUCCAUACAACAUCCGACCUACAGUCUGAAGUCAUAAGGCACUAUUCAAAACAGGCCAUUAAGCAGAUGUAUGUACUCAUUCUUGGACUUGAUGUUUUGGGAAAUCCAUUUGGCUUAAUUAGAGAAUUUUCUGAAGGUGUAGAAGCAUUUUUUUAUGAACCUUACCAGGGAGCCAUCCAGGGUCCUGAAGAGUUUGUGGAGGGAAUGGCACUAGGACUUAAGGCACUAGUUGGUGGAGCUGUUGGUGGAUUGGCUGGUGCUGCCUCCAAAAUCACCGGUGCUAUGGCUAAAGGGGUAGCAGCUAUGACCAUGGAUGAAGACUACCAACAGAAGAGAAGAGAAGCCAUGAAUAAGCAACCAGCUGGUUUUAGAGAAGGCAUCACUCGUGGAGGAAAAGGCUUAGUUUCUGGAUUUGUUAGUGGCAUAACAGGAAUUGUUACAAAACCAAUCAAAGGAGCUCAAAAAGAAGGAGCAGCUGGUUUCUUCAAAGGUGUUGGGAAAGGUUUAGUAGGAGCGGUAGCAAGGCCAACUGGAGGCAUCAUAGACAUGGCUAGCAGUACAUUUCAGGGAAUAAAAAGAGCUACAGAGACUUCUGAAGUGGAGAGUCUGCGACCUCCUCGGUUCUUCAAUGAAGAUGGAGUUAUCAGACCAUACAGGUUGAGGGAUGGGACUGGAAAUCAAAUGUUACAGGUCAUGGAAAAUGGAAGAUUUGCAAAAUACAAAUAUUUUACCCAUGUCAUGAUCAAUAAGACAGAUAUGCUAAUGAUAACCAGACGUGGUGUAUUAUUUGUAACAAAGGGAACAUUUGGACAACUCACGUGUGAGUGGCAGUAUAGUUUUGAUGAAUUUACCAAAGAGCCAUUCAUUGUUCAUGGGAGAAGAUUGCGCAUUGAAGCAAAGGAACGAGUGAAAUCUGUAUUUCAUGCCAGAGAGUUUGGAAAAAUAAUUAACUUCAAGACCCCAGAGGAUGCCAGGAAUCUUGGGGAAGGUCAACUAACCUCAGUUUCCUCAAGAUGAGAAUGGUGUGACUUGAAAAGCAUGGUGUGUACUUUAGGAAUUAUGGCAAUCACAAAGAUGUGCACUGUCAAGAAAAUGAAGACUAUGAAUUGACUGUCUGACCUCAUUGAUCACAACUGAAGUGCUAUUCAGAACAUUGAGUUGUACUCAUUAUAUCAUGAAACUUACAGUAAGAGGGUGGAGCCAAGAUGGCCGAAUAGGAACAGCUCCAGUCUACAGCUCCUAGCGUGAGCAAAGCAGAAGACGGGUGAUUUCUGCAUUUCCAACUGAGGUACUGGGUUCAUCUCACUGGGGAGUGUCGGAAAGUGGGUGCAGGACAGUGGGUGCAGUGCACCGAGCGUGAGCCAAAACAAGGGGUCACGGGAAUUCCCGGGAAGCACAAGGGGUCAGGGAAUUCCCUUUCCUAGUCAAAGAAAGGGGUGACAGAUGGCACCUGGAAAAUCGGGUCACUCCCACCCUAAUACUGCGCUUUUCCAAUGGUAUUAGCAAACGGCACACCAGGAGAUUAUAUCCCAUGCCUGGCUCGGAGGGUCCUAUGCCCACGGAGCCUCGCUCAUUGCUAGCACAGCAGUCUGAGAUCAAACUGCAAGGUGGCAGCGAGGCUGGGGGAGGGGCGCCCGCCAUUGCCGAGGCUUGAGUAGGUAAACAAAGCCGCCCAGAAGCUCGAACUGGGUGGAGCCCACCGCAGCUCAAGGAGGCCUGCCUGCCUCUGUAGACUCCACCUCUGGGGGCAGGGCACAGCCAAACAAAAGGCAGCAAAAUCCUCUGCAAACUUAAAUGUCCCUGUCUGACAGCCUUGAAGAGAGUAGUGGUUCUCCCAGCACGCAGCUGGACAUCUGAGAAUGGACAGACUACCUCCUCAAGUGGGUCCUUGACCCCCGAGUAGCCUAACUGGGAGACACCCCCCAAGUAGGGGCAGACUGACACCUCACACGGCCGGGUACUCCUCUGAGACAAAACUUCCGGAGGAACAAUCAGGCAGCAACAUCUGCCGUUCACCAAGAUCUGCUGUUGUGCAGCCUCUGCUGCUGAUACCCAGGCACACAGGGUCUGGAGUGGACCUGCAGCAAACUCCAACAGACCUGCAGCUGAGGGGCCUGACUGUUAGAAUGAAAACUAACAAACAGAAAGGGCAUCCACACCAAAACCCCAUCUGUACGUCACCAUCAUCAAAGACCAAAGGUAGAUAAAACCACAAAGAUGGGGAAAAAACAGAGCAGAAAAACUGGAAACUCUAAAAAUCAGAGUGCCUCUCCUCCUCCAAAGGAAUGCAGCUCCUCACCAGCAACAGAACAAAGCUGGACAGAGAAUGACUUUGACGAGUUGAGAGAAGAAGGCUUCAGACGAUCAAACUACUCUGAGCUAAAGGAGAAAGUUCGAACCCAUGACAAAGAAGUUAAAAACCUUGAAAAUAAAUUAGACAAAUGGCUAACUAGAAUAACCAAUGCAGAGAAGUCCUUAAAGGACCUGAUGGAGCUGAAAACCAAGGCACAAGAACUAUGUGACGAAUGCACAAGCCUCAGUAGCCGACGCGAUCAACUAGAAGAAAGGGUAUCAGUGAUGGAAGAUGAAACGAAUGAAAUGAAGCCAGAAGAGAAGUUUAGAGAGAAAAGAAUAAAAAGAAACGAACAAAGCCUCCAAGAAAUAUGGGACUGUGAAAAGAUCAAAUCUACAUCUGAUUGGCAUACCUGAAAGUGACGGGGAGAAUGGAACCAAGUUGGAAAACACUCUGCAGGAUAUUAUCCAGGAGAACUUCCCCAAUGUAGCAAGGCAGGCCAACAUUCAAAUUCAGGAAAUACAGAGAAUGCCACAAAGAUACUCCUCGAGAAGAGCAACUCCAAGACGCAUAAUUGUCAGAUUCACCAAAGUUGAAAUGGAAAAAAUGUUAAGGGCAGCCAGAGAGAAAGGUCAGGUUACCCACAAAGGAAAGCCCAUCAGACUAACAGGUGAUCUCUUGGCAGAAACUCUACAAGCCAGAAGAGAGUGGGGGCCGAUAUUCAACAUUCUUAAAGAAAAGAAUUUUCAACCCAGAAUUUCAUAUCCAGCCAAACUAAGCUUCAUAAGUGAAGGAGAAAUAAAAUACUUUACAGACAAGCAAAUGCUGAGAGAUUUUGUCACCACCAGGCCUGCCCUAAAAGAGCUCCUGAAGGAAGCCCUAAACAUGGAAAGGAACAACUAGUACCAGCCACUGCAAAAACAUGCCAAAUUGUAAAGACCAUCAAGGCUAGGAAGAAACUGCAUCAACUAACGAGCAAAAUAACCAGCUAACAUCAUAAUGACAGGAUUAAAUUCACACAUAACAAUAUUAACCUUAAAUGUAAAUGGGCUCAAUGCUCCAAUUAAAAGACACAGACUGGCAAAUUGGAUAGAGUCAAGACCCAUCAGUGUGCUGUAUUCAGGAAACCCACCUCAUGUGCAGAGACACACAUAGGCUCAAAAUAAAGGAAUGAAGAUCUACCAAGCAAAUGGAAAACAAAAAGUCAGGAGUUGCAAUCCUAGUCUCUGAUAAAACAGACUUUAAAGCAACAAACAGCAAAAGAGACAAAGAAGGCCAUUACAUAACAGUAAAGGGAUCAGUUCAACAAGAAGAGCUAACUAUCCUAAAUAUAUAUGCACCCAAUACAGGAGCACCCAGAUUCAUAAAGCAAGUCCUUAGACACCUACAAAGAGACUUAGAUUCCCACACAGUAAUAAUGGAAGACUUUAACACCCCACUGUCAACAUUAGACAGAUCAACGAGACAGAAAGUUAACAAGGAUAUCCAGGAAUUGAACUCAGCUCUGCACCAAGUGGACCUAAUAGACAUCUACAGAACUCUCCACCCCAAAUCAACAGAAUAUACAUUAUUCUCAGCACCAUAUCGCACUUAUUCCAAAAUUGACCACUUAGUUGGAAGUAAAGCACUCCUCAGCAAAUGUAAAAGAACAGAAAUUAUAACAAACUGUCAGACCAUAGUGCAAUCAAACUAGAACUCAGGAUUAAGAAACUCACUCAAAACCACUCAACUACAUGGAAACUGAACAACCUGCUCCUGACUCCUGAAUGACUACUGGGUACAUAACUAAAUGAAGGCAGAAAUAAAGAUGUUCUUUGAAACCAACGAGAACAAAGAUACAACAUACCAGAAUCUCUGGGACACAUUCAAAGCAGUGUGUAGGGGGAAAUUUAUAGCACUAAAUGCCCACAAGAGAAAGCAGGAAAGAUCUAAAAUUGACACCCUAACAUCACAAUUAAAAGAACUAGGCCGGGCGCGGUGGCUCACGCCUGUAAUCCCAGCACUUUGGGAGGCCGAGGCAGGUGGAUAACGAGGUCAGGAGAUCAAGACCAUCCUGGCUAACAUGGUGAAACCCCGUCUCUACUAAAAAUACAAAAAAUUAGCCGGGUGAGGUGGCGGGCGCCUGUAGUCCCAGCUAUGCGGGAGGCUGAGGCAGGAGAAUGGCGUGAACCCGGGAGGCGGAGCUUGCAGUGAGCCGAGAUGGCACCACUGCACUCCAGCCUGGGCGACAGCAAGACUCCAUCGCAAAAAAAAAAAAAAAAAAGAACUAGAGAAGCAAGAGCAAACACAUUCAAAAGCUAGCAGAAGGCAAGAAAUAACUAAGAUCAGAGCAGAACUGAAGGAAAUAGAGACACAAAAAACCCUUCAAAAAAUCAAUAAAUCCAGGAGCUGGUUUUUUGAAAAGAUCAACAAAAUUGAUGGACCACUAGCAAGACUAAUAAGAAAAGAGAGAAGAAUCAAAUAGAUGCAAUAAAAAAUGAUAAAGGGGAUAUCACCACCGAUCCCAUAGAAAUACAAACUACCAUCAGAGAAUACUAUAAACACCUCGACACAAAUAAACUAGAAAAUCUAGAAGAAAUGGAAAAAUUCCUCAACACAUACACCCUCCCAAGACUAAACCAGGAAGAAGUUGAAUCUCUGAAUAGACCAAUAACAGGCUCUGCAAUCGAGGCAAUAAUUAAUAGCUUACCAACCAAAAAAAGUCCAGGACCAGAUGGAUUCACAGCCGAAUUCUAACAGAGGUACAAGGAGGAGCUGGUACCAUUCCUUCUGAAACUAUUCCAAUCAAUAGAAAAAAAGGGAAUCCUCCCUAACUCAUUUUAUGAGGCCAGCAUCAUCCUGAUACCAAAGCCUGGCAAAGACACAACAAAAAAAGAGAAUUUUAGACCAAUAUCCCAGAUGAACAUUGAUGCAAAAAUCCUCAAUAAAAUACUGGCAAACCAAAUCCAGCAGCACAUCAAAAAGCUUAUCCACCAUGAUCAAGUGGGCUUCAUCCCUGGGAUGCAAGGCUGGUUCAACAUACACAAAUCAAUAAACGUAAUCCAGCAUAUAAACAGAACCAACAACAAAAACCAUAUGAUUAUCUCAAUAGAUGCAGAAAAGACCUUUGACAAAAUUCAACAACCCUUCAUGCUAAAAACUCUCAAUAAAUUAGGUAUUGAUGAGAUAUAUCUCAAAAUAAUAAGAGCUAUCUCUGACAAACCCACAGCCAAUAUCAUACUGAAUGGGCAAAAACUGGAAGCAUUCUCUUUGAAAACCAGCACAAGACAGGGAUGCCCUCUCUCACCACUCCUACUCAACAUAGUGUUGGAAGUUCUGGCCAGGACAGUCAGGCAGGAGAAGGAAAUAAAGGGUAUUCAAUUAGGAAAAGAGGAAAUCAAAUUGUCCCUGUUUGCAGAUGACAUGAUUGUAUAUCUAGAAAACACCAUUGUCUCAGCCCAAAAUCUCCUUAAGCUGAUAGGCAACUUCAGCAAAGUCUGAGGAUACAAAAUCAGUGUGCAAAAAUCACAAGCAUUCCUAUACACCAAUAACAGACAAACAGAGAGCCAAAUCAUGAGUGAACUCCCAUUCACAAUUGCUUCAAAGAGAAUAAAAUACCUAGGAAUCCAACUGACAAGGGAUGUGAAGGACCUCUUCAAGGAGAACUACAAACCACUGCUCAAUGAAAUAAAAGAGGAUACAAACAAAUGGAAGAACAUUCCAUGCUCAUGGGUAGGAAGAAUCAAUAUCGUGAAAAAUGGCCAUACUGCCCAAGGUAAUUUAUAGAUUCAAUGCCAUCCCUAUCAAGCUACCAAUGACUUUCCUCACAGAAUUGGAAAAAACUACUUCAAAGUUCAUAUGGAACCAAAAAAGAGCCUGCAUUGCCAAGUCAAUCCUAAGCCAAAAGAACAAAGCUGGAGGCAUCAUGCUACCUGACUUCAAACUAUACUACAAGGCUACAGUAACCAAAACAGCAUGGUACUGGUAGCAAAACAGAGACCUAGACCAAUGGAACAGAACAGAGCCCUCAGAAAUAAUGCCACAUAUCUACAACCAUCUGAUCUUUGACAAACCUGACAAAAACAAGAAAUGGGGAAAGGAUUCCCUAUUUAAUAAAUGGUGCUGGGAAAACUGGCUAGCCAUAUGUAGAAAGCUGAAACUGGAUCCCUUCCUUACACCUUAUACAAAAAUUAAUUCAAGAUGGAUUAAAGACUUAAAUGUUAGACCUAAAACCAUAAAAACCCUAGAAGAAAACCUAGGCAAUACCAUUCAGGACAUAGGCGUGGGCAAGGACUUCAUGUCUAAAACACAAAAGCAAUGGCAACAAAAGCCAAAAUUGACAAAUGGGAUCUGAUUAAACUAAAGAGCUUCUGCACAGCAAAAGAAACUACCAUCAGAGUGAAUAGGCAACCUACAGAAUGAGAGAAAAUUUUUGCAAUCUACUCAUCUGACAAAGGGCUAAUAUCCAGAAUCUACAAUGAACUCAAACAAAUUUACAAGAAAAAAACAAACAGCCCCAUCAAAAAGUGGGCAAAGGAUAUGAACAGACACUUCUCAAAAGAAGACAUUUAUGCAGCCAAAAGACACAUGAAGAAAUGCUCAUCACCACUGGCCAUCAGAGAAAUUCCAGUCAAAACCACAAUGAGAUACCAUCUCACACCAGUUACAAUGGCCAUCAUUAAAAAGUCAGGAAACAACAGGUGCUGGAGAGGAUGUGGAGAAAUAGGAACACUUUUACACUGUUGGUGGGACUGUAAACUAGUUCAACCAUUGUGGAAGUCAGUGUGGCGAUUCCUCAGGGAUCUAGAACUAGAAAUACCAUUUGACCCAGCCAUCCCAUUACUGGGUAUAUGCGCAAAGGAUUAUAAAUCAUGCUGCUAUAAAGACACAUGCACACGUAUGUUUAUUGUGGCACUAUUCACAAUAGCAAAGACUUGGAACCAACCCAAAUGUCCAUCAAUGAUUGAUAGACUGGAUUAAGAAAAUGUGGCACAUAUACACCAUGGAAUACUAUACAGCCAUAAAAAAUAAUGAGUUCAUGUCCUUUGUAGGGACAUGGAUGAAGCUGGAAACCAUCAUUCUCAGCAAACUAUCACAAGAACAAAAAACCAAACACCACAUGUUGUCACUCAUAGGUGGGAAUUGAACAAUGAGAACACAUGGACAGAGGAAGG